UUAACAGCACAUUAACAUCUGCUUGUGAGGCAUAAACGAGAGAGACUGGUCGGUCAAACAGCUGCAUCAUUAAACAUGUUUUGAAUAAUGUCGUUUGAAUGUCUGAUAAUUUACGGCAGUUUGUCAUUCAAACGGCCGUCCAGUUAGCGGCGGUAAGGCGCCAUUUUACCUCCAGUGUCAAACAGUAACAGUAGAAGAAGAGUCUUCAACCAGCCGAGUCCUCUUCCGCCGCGCGCAACUUUAAGAAGUUAUCCUCGAGCUCAACAGCCUCAGGUCCGCGAGCUCAAUACGGCACGAGCCAGAAUGUUCACAAGUAAGCGCCUCGCUGUUUUGUAGAUGAAGGUGUCGGUAAAAACAAGUAAACAUGUCAAGUCACGUAAACUGUGAACGAACGGAGAAUCAGCCUGCGACAGACAGCGAGCAUGAGGUAGAGGGCUUGGAGUGUUUCACUAAUUCGUUGUCCAUUAGAGUACAGUAUUACAGGUUAUUUGAGUAUUCUCUGAAGUGGAAAACACCCAUGUCUCCCAGACGCUCCUCCAGACUAUCAGAGGUCUCCAAGAAGAGCCCCCAGGGAAGUCCCAGCUCAGAUGAAGAAGUUAUCCAGCGCAGGUUGAAGGGUAAGAGACAGAGGGCGGGGCUGAAGAAGACCAAAGAAGGCAACAGCGUAGUUACAGAUGAGGGUAGGGACAUCAUCGACAUCAUCAACAGUACCCAUGAUGCAAAAUGCGUCACUGAGGACGAUGGAGGAAAGUUUGUAUUGGUGUCUGAAGGAAUGGAUGAGUCAGAUGACGAUCGUCACUCUGUUGCCAGCAGCUUAGCCUCUGGACCUUCUCUCCUUCGUAACGCCUCUCCAAAGAAACCGAGGCCCUCACAAGGCUUGUGCUCAGCCUGUAAGACUCUCCAGCAGAGGGCAAAGAAGAUGAAAGCACCAAUUAAAAACAAACUCUUAGACACUGAUCCCAAGUCCCUGACAUGUGACCAGUGGGUCCUGAUCAAGACCCGGAAACCAAGGAGGCUGCCUAAUGUAAGAGGGAAGCUUUUGAUCCAUGUCCAGCUGGUUAAGAAAAGACUUAAGGUGAAGAAUGGUACAAACCGACAUGCGCUAUGUGUGGGCGAAGGAGAGUCAUCGGCCUGCUGGAGGCCGCACCCUUUCCUUCAGAGGAACCUAAAACGUGUUAGAGUGCCGGUGAAAAAGGCACAAAAGAAGACCAGGAGAAAGAGGACAAGAACCGGUUCUCAGAGCACUCGUGUCGCUAAGCAGCAGCGUCUCCACAGCAACAAUCGCAUCAGUGACAGCAGUGCGGAUAUGAGCGGUGCUCACCCACCCAGCGGCCACUACAGCAGUCCUGGUCAUAGCAGUGACAGCAGUGAAGCAGACAUAAAUCUGUCUGUUGAGUUGAUUCCUUCCUCAGUCACCCUGGAAACCUCUGAGCCAAGAGAGACUCCACCCGAGCAAAAAGCACCAAAGAGGAGGGGAGGAUUCAGAGACUUGCUUGUCCAGUUGCGUGGCAGCAGCACGAUUGUCAGAGAAACACGUUAGUAAAGUGACUUUUUUUAAGCUACAGCUACAAUAUUCAGUUAAGUAUUUAGUAUUUAAGCCAUAGUUUUUUGGCAGUUCCACAUACUUGCAUGUUAUUUAUGUUUUUUCAGAAAUUUCAAAAUAGCAUUUAUUUAGAGUUACAUUCAACGGGGACAACUGUAAAUAUAUAUAUAUUUUAAUUCUGUCGAUGUAAGCACAAAUAACACAAAAGACAAUA